AUGGCUCGAGACCUUCCCGAGUACGUCUACUGCACUUCUUGCUACUGUCUACACUCAAAGAACACUCUGGGUCCACCGGGACCUCUUAACCAGCCUUCGAUCCUUUGGAAUAAGCACGGUAUACUUGAUUACGAUCAUUCCUGGGCCCUUAGAAGAACCACUGUGGCCUUUUCUGCCGCAUAUCGUUUCAGGGGCAUUCACCUUAACUUGGCGCUGAAGAGGUAUCAUUGCGGGCCUGCGCAUGGGAUGUCUACGAAAUGGCUAUCCUACAUCCAGGUCAAUCGGGACCCGGCGACGCCUGGAACAAAAUUGUUUUCGGCUGACGUGCAAAUACUUCCAAAACUGCACCGCGUGUGCCUUCGCAUACAAACCUGGUUCUUGGCCAAUCCCAAUAACCUGUUUUACAUGUGGACGAUUCCAUUUCCACUUUGUGACCAUCUGUUCGUCCCUGACUUCGAUGACAUCAGGUACUGUAUGCAGGACAAUCGUCAGGCUGGUUGCCUUCCGGACAAGUACCCUGAUCCGGAGUUUUACCGCUGUCCUCACUGUAAGAUGAAGUUCGAGAUACGCCUGGUCUCUUGCGGCAACGACGGUGAUGCUUUCGUUAUUACCAGGUAUUUAAAUCUGGGCUCGGGUGGCGUCCACCAGGAAUAUAAAUGGCAACGACAUGUCGGCGGUUCUGUUCUCUCGACUUGGGACAACCUCACGCUUCAGCCCCAGGGCUGGGGCGAAAUGAUCUUGGAGCAUGAGAGUAGUAACGGACUUUCCUAUCAAGAUCUGACCCACCGAAACGGUCGACUUUUAUACCAGAGAGCAUAUGAGCGAGAGAUGGAUCAACUGUUGGAAGGAGAGUGGGUACUACAGCAAGACGAACGACUACCGCAGGAUCUGAGAGCGGCACUACCGAUCCGUCGUCGUUAACUACACCGUGUUUCCCAGAAUCGGCAUUUAGACGGCUGUCUCUGCAAUACUUGUUAUUUCCUUCUUUCCUUCUUUCAUUUUCUUUUCUUUGCUUUUUGCUUGCCUGUUUCGAAAGACCAGCAAUGAUGCAAUGUUCAGAUCCGUUUCGUCUUGAGGCUCAUUGCCUACUCCGAGAACACCACAUUCUUAGCUUUAACUGCACAGUACACCUUGCACCCACUUCAAUUUAGAUAGAUAUUCUGGUGUUGUGAGCCGAGCAGCGG